AUGGGCCACGAUCUAGGCGCAUCACCUCUUCAUGGUCUCACGUCGGAGAGAUUCGAGGUCGAAGGCGCAGAUGCUACAGUAGAGUUGAUGCGACAGCACCCCCAGGUUUCCGAGACAGAUGCGCAUGAUGUGUGGGUCGCCAUCGCUUUGCAUACCUCACCUCACAUCGCUGAGAGGAUCACUCCAUUGGCAAGACUAGUCAGACUCGGGGUCUUGAUUGACUUUCGUCCCGCCACCCGCCAGUCACACGAUGCUGUCGACUACGGCACAGAGAUAGAAGCCAAGUUGCCACGUUUGAACAUUGAAAAGAUCCUCGGAGACGCUGUGGUCCAGCAAGCCCUGCAGAACCCAUCAAAGGCACCGCCAAACUCAUGGCCCAGCAGUCUCUACAAGUCACAUCUUGAGGAUCCCAAUUGGGCGGGUGUCAACCGUGGCUUUUAG